CACUCUUCUCCUUCACCACUAUCAAUCACAAUCCCCAAUUCGGAUAACCCAAAAAUGGACGGAGCACUCUUCCCUCACAAACCUCCAUACCCAAUUCAAUCCAAAAGAUCUCCACCACCUCAAUCCUCUAACCAAUCUAUCAAAUUCAGCUCCGCUACACUUCACUUACCUCCUCCUUCUCCUCCUUCUUUCCCUCUCGAUUCUCUUCUUCACCAUCUCGUUCACCUCUCUUCCACGCCUCCACGACAUGCUGCUGCUCGUUUCCCUUCUCUUGAAGUCUCCACAUCAUCGGCUCAUAAAUGGCGUCACGAGUCGACGAAACCCAUGUCGAGUUCUGUUCUGGGUGUUGAAAUUGAGAACGAGAGAGAUGGGUCUUUGAAGCUACUGUGUAAGAAAGAAGUUGUCUUGGUUAAUUCCAUUGUUGAACAGCCUUUGCCAAGGUUAAGCAGUUUCUUCGAUUCGGUGAAAUCUGAAUUGCUUACAACUGAUUUGGUUAGUUUGGUUAAGGGUCUGGAUGAUUCUGGGCAUUGGGAAAGAGCUGUUUUUUUAUUUGAAUGGUUAGUUUUGUCUUCGAAUUCCGGAGCUUUGAAGCUAGAUCAUCAUGUUAUCGAAAUCUUAGUUAGGAUUUUAGGUAGAGAAUCUCAGUACUCUGUUGCAGCUAAGUUGCUCGAUAAAAUUCCUCUACAAGACUAUAUGCUCGAUGUUCGUGCUUACACGACGAUCUUACAUGCGUAUUCACGGACUGGGAAAUAUGAAAAGGCUAUCAAUUUGUUUGAGAGGAUGAAAGAGAUGGGUCCUUCACCUACUUUGGUCACUUACAAUGUGAUUCUCGAUGUUUUCGGGAAAAUGGGUCGGUCUUGGAGGAAAAUUCUUGGGGUUUUAGAGGAAAUGAGAAGCAAAGGAUUGAAGUUUGAUGAGUUUACUUGUAGUACUGUGCUAUCUGCUUGUGCAAGAGAAGGUUUGUUAAGAGAGGCCAAGGACUUUUUCGCUGAACUUAAGUCAUGCGGCUAUGAACCUGGAACUGUAACUUACAAUGCUUUGUUGCAAGUUUUUGGUAAAGCAGGAGUUUAUACAGAAGCAUUAAGUGUUUUGAAGGAGAUGGAGGAAAACAACUGCCCAGCUGAUUCUGUGACAUACAAUGAGCUUGUUGCUGCUUAUGCUAGAGCCGGUUUUAGCAAGGAAGCUGCUGUUGUCAUUGAGAUGAUGACGCAAAAGGGUGUAAUGCCGAACGCAAUCACUUAUACUACAGUGAUAGAUGCAUAUGGAAAGGCGGGAAAGGAGGAUGAGGCUUUGAAGCUGUUUUAUAGUAUGAAAGAAGCUGGUUGUGUUCCGAAUACUUGCACAUACAAUGCAGUGCUUAGUAUGUUAGGGAAAAAGUCGAGAUCCAAUGAAAUGAUAAAGAUGUUAUGCGAUAUGAAGUCUAAUGGAUGUUUCCCUAAUCGGGCCACUUGGAACACAAUACUUGCUCUGUGUGGGAAUAAAGGUAUGGAUAAGUUUGUGAACAGGGUGUUCCGUGAAAUGAAGAGCUGCGGAUUUGAACCUGAUAGGGACACAUUCAACACGCUGAUUAGUGCUUAUGGGCGAUGUGGUUCAGAGGUUGAUGCAUCAAAAAUGUAUGGUGAGAUGACAAGAGCAGGGUUCAACGCUUGUGUUACAACUUACAACGCGUUACUUAAUGCCUUGGCUAGAAAAGGAGAUUGGAGAUCGGGCGAGAAUGUGAUUUCCGACAUGAAAAGUAAAGGUUUCAAACCCACUGAAACAUCUUAUUCCUUGAUGCUUCAGUGUUAUGCUAAAGGAGGGAACUAUCUAGGAAUAGAGAGAAUCGAGGAGGGGAUAAACGAGGGCCAAAUAUUCCCGAGCUGGAUGCUUUUGAGAACACUACUUCUCGCAAACUUCAAAUGCCGAGCACUAGCGGGAUCAGAGAGAGCAUUCACAUUGUUUAAAAAGCACGGAUACAAACCUGACAUGGUGAUUUUCAACUCAAUGCUCUCCAUUUUCACGAGGAACAACAUGUACGAUCAAGCAGAGGGGAUUCUUCAGUCUAUCCACGAGGACGGGCUAAACCCGGAUCUUGUAACCUACAACAGCCUCAUGGACAUGUACGUAAGAAGAGGAGAGUGUUGGAAAGCCGAAGAAAUCCUCAAGACUCUAGAAAAAUCCCAGUUAAAACCGGACCUGGUCUCUUACAACACGGUGAUCAAAGGUUUCUGCAGAAAAGGGUUGAUGCAAGAAGCGGUUAGGAUGCUGUCUGAGAUGACAGAGCGUGGAAUCAGACCGUGUAUUUUCACUUACAACACGUUUGUUUCGGGUUACACGGCGAUGGGAAUGUAUGGAGAGAUAGAAGAUGUGAUUGAGUGUAUGGCGAAGAAUGAUUGCAGACCAAAUGAGCUGACGUUUAAGAUGGUUGUGGAUGGUUAUUGCAGAGCAGGGAAGUAUAGUGAAGCUAUGGAUUUUGUAUCCAAGAUUAAGACCUUUGAUCCUUGCUUUGAUGAUCAAUCUAUUCAACGGCUUGCUCUCCGAGUACGUGAGAAUUUAGAAUCCUAAAUCAAUUUUAUAUAUAAAUUUUUUGUA